UCAUCUCAGGCAUGUAUCCUGUCAUUUAAAAUUCAUGGUAUGCUUUGUUUGCGGUUUGUAAUCCUACAUUUUCUGGGAACUUGCCUAGGUUGUUCGGCAAUACCCUGCAUCAUGUGAACCUGAUGUCAAGUGCGCGCGGCUACUUGAAGUGAUCAACAACGCAAACCAGUGGUGUUUCACACUUGUUAAAAUUCUGAAAUAGAAUAGCUGACCCUCGGUGCAGCUCAGUUUUAGUUGACGGCAUUGUUUGAUAGGUAUUACGCUUAUUGAAGUGUUUAGUGUGUGAUGGGCGGUGGUAAGAGUAAGACUGCAUUUUGAUUUAAGUCAUUAGGUACUGGAUCACUGUUUUACCGGCUUCACCGACGUCACUCUCAUCAUUAGCUGGACUGUCACCGGCUAUUUCAGCUUUUCUGAUGGCUUGUCGACUUCAUGACAUCACUGAUUAAACGGAGGAUGGCUGUAGGAAUACCGCGUUAGAUUUGAAGGUGUGCGUGUGUGUGUUAGGGGGUGGGGGGGUUCUGGUCUGAUGCGGAAUACCGAGCACAUUAUCUGCUGACGGCUCGGCAAGCAAGGGUGGUUCCAGACAUCAGCUGUCUGUCCAUCAAAGCCAUGGGGAAGGACUACUACAAGACCCUAGGCAUCCAGUCUGGGUCUAACGAGGAUGAGAUCAAAAAGGCCUACAGGAAAAUGGCCCUUAAGUUUCACCCCGACAAAAACAAGGACCCCAACGCAGAGGAGAAGUUCAAGGAAAUAGCAGAGGCCUAUGAGGUGCUGAGUGACCCCAAGAAGAGGGUCAUCUUUGACCAGUAUGGAGAAGACGGUCUGAAGGCAGGUGGUGGCAGCACCUCAGGCAACUCAGGGAGCACCUACCACUACACCUUCCACGGCGACCCCCACGCCACUUUCGCCUCUUUCUUCGGCGGUUCCAACCCCUUUGACAUAUUCUUCGGCUCCAGCCGCACACGCAAUCACACGUCCAAUGGUUUUGGGGACCACGGCGACCAUCACCACGACAACGACGUGGACAUGGAUGGGGACGACGAUCCCUUUGGUCCCUGGGGCCACUUCGGCAGCAGCUUCAGCGCCUUCAACGGGCUCAACGGCUUCCACCACAGCAGCGCCGGCGGCGGCGGGGGUCGGAGGGCACAACGGGCUGAGCCCCUUCGCGGCCGGCGGCGCAUGCAGGACCCGCCGGUGGUGCACGAGCUGCGGGUCUCACUGGAGGAGAUCUUCCAUGGCUGCACCAAACGCAUGCGCAUCACACGGCGCCGCCUCAACCCGGACGGACGCAGCAUGCGCACCGAGGACAAGAUCCUCAACAUUGUCAUAAAGCGUGGCUGGAAGGAGGGCACCAAGAUCACCUUCCCCAAGGAGGGCGACGAGACCCCAGACAACAUCCCCGCCGACAUCGCAUUCGUGCUCAAGGACAAAGGCCACCAACAUUUCAAGCGCGAUGGCUCCAACAUCAUCUACGCGGCCAAGAUCAGCCUGAAGGAGGCGCUGUGUGGCUGUACCGUGAACAUUCCCACCCUCGACAACCGGGUGAUCCCACUGGCCUGCAAUGAUGUCAUCAAACCGGGCACGGCCAAGAGAGUACGGGGCGAGGGCCUCCCCCACCCCAAGAACCCCUCCCAGCGUGGGGACUUGGUAGUGGAGUUCCAGGUGCGCUUCCCAGACAGGAUACCCCCUCAGUCCCGGGAAAUCAUCAAACAGCACCUGCCACAGUCUUAGACGGGACUCCAUUGGGACCUGCUGUCUGUUUUGUCUGCUUUUUUUAUAUACACACGAACAUACAUGUUCAUAUACAUAAUGGCUGUCGUUACACAGAUGCUAAUAUAUAAAUAGAACACGAAAAUGGAGAGAGUGAAAGAAGGUGCCAAGAGGAGCCUCACUUCUUUCUCUCCUGCUGUUUUUAAAUCGCAGUUUGUAAACAAAUAGAAAUGGAUAGAUGCUGGCUUAUUUUUUUUUUUAAUCUGUGACAUUUUGUGAGGAUACCCCUUUUUUAAUUUUUAUUUUUUUUACUUCAGGAUAGGUUGGAAGGCAACCUCUCGUUUUUAAAAGCUAGUUGGAUGUUGUUCUCUUUUCCCUGAUGGAUUUACUCCGAAGAAGCUUAAAGACGGGAGUGUAUUCCUUUUUUUUUUGGAGAGGACUUCAAACUUAUUGUGUGAACUUCAUAUUGUCCCCGAUCAAACAUCAACACAUCCUGUCAUUAGGACUAAGUUCUUAUCUCAACCUAUUUAUUUUCUUUUUCCAGCCCUCAAUAAAGUGUAUUUUGUGACAAAGUUAGAGUUAAUUUGCAGUCACAGGCAAUCAGGACACACCAGCUACAUCAGGUGGGUACUUGAAGAAUUCUCAGAGCCCAAAUCAAACAAGGUGCUUUUGUGUGGCAAACUGCCUUAACUUUGGUGCAACAUGUAUGAAUCACAUUUCACACUGGGUGAGUGCCUUAACUUGGCUAAAACCAGCAUUCCUCUUGUAAAAGUCAUUGGUAUCAUGUCAGUCAUACAAUAAUUAUAGCAGAACAUCACAAUGCUACCUGAUUGAAGACACUGACAAUGAAUACUAUAGCUGCAAUGUCUCAAAGUAUUCCUUUACAGACAUGAAUGUUGACAGCUCCUGACCUCAAUCUGUCAGAUGGGCUUUGGUUGACAGGCAACAUACGACAGCAUACCUGUGUCAGUUUGGGCUCAAACCAUGGCAACACUGAACACUCUCUGUCAUUGAGCAUUCCUGAACACUCCAUGAAUUUAUGACCAGACAGGUGGCAGGUUGCUGUGGUUAGCUCUCUGGUCAUCAAACAAUAGAGUGGUUAAGUAGCCUAUUGUAUAAUAUGAAUCUUGAUUUGUAGUGUGGAAGUAAAUCACAAAGGCCUAAUGACAGAGGAUGCUCAGCACAAUGUUACCUAAAAACAGCUCAGUCUUCGGUGCGCACACCUAGUACUUUAGCCUAAUACUGCUGAUUGCUUUGUUAAAGGUACUUGCAGGGGUUUUGUUUGCUUCACACCACAACCUGGUGCUUGUCAUUUCUACAAACAUUUGUUUUCAUUUUUUUUAAAGGAGCUGUGAAAUGGUGUUUGUAUUUAAAAAAGGUUAUUUAACAAGUUUUAUCUGCAUUUGCUACAUUUGUAUCUGAUGUUGACGUUUUAGACGUUUCAAGGCCAUUUUCAGGACUUUGUACUAGUAAAGCAUGGCCUGGUCAAGUCUUGCUGUUAGGACUGCAGCUGAGCCACAGGAUCUGUAUGUGAGAACUGUUGCAAAAAGAAAGGAAGAAUAUGUCAAUGGUAGUCUCCAUCUGGCUGGAUCCUUACUGCUUUGUUUGUUUUGAGGCAGUUACAUUGGAUGUAAGUCCUUGUGUAAUUUUUGUUUUUACCAAUCACAUGCUUGGUGUUCUGUCACAGUCGUUGAAUCUGGGACAAGUGUAAAUGUGGGGUGUGUCGUUAAGUGGACAUGUUUGGUCAGGACAACUGGAUUGUGGCUCAAAACCCAGUCACUGGUUUGAUGAGGCUUUUCAAAUUUGGCAGAAUUACUCUGUCCCCACUUAAGCUUGGUGUGGAAGAAGAGCCUAAAGGGAGCCAGUGGCCUGGAUGCCCAAACAACAUGCUUACAGUGACAGUGGCAAAAAAAAAAGAAAAGUUGAAUGGAAGGAACUUUGAUCAGAACGGGUCGAAUUUGGGUCUCCUUCACCCAUGCUUGACCUGGAAGCUUGAGACGCUAACUGAAGGUCUUCUAUGUGAAUACGGAGGAUAUUGCUGCACAAAUGGUGAACAGUUUACGGAGAAAGAAGCAACAUGUCGUGGAUGUUUUUUGGGGCCCCUACCCCUCUCUGAAUGCAGUUCUGUGGUGGUGUGAUUGGAGCGUGGGUGUGAGUGUAAUGUCAUUGGAAAUAUCACAACCUUCAAUAGUCACAGUGUGUAUGUACCCCUCGGUGUUUGGUAACGCAUUUUACAAUGAAAUGAAAUAAACCAAAAAUGUUGACUAUA